AUGGCUGACAAUGAUGAUGAUGGUGAACAACAACAAAUCGAAUUUACAAUGUCAAUGAUGAGACAUAAAAAACGACUUAAAUCACAAGUACAAUUACCUUCAACCACUUUAUUUCUUCGGCAAUUACCUGGAGGCAAUGUAACAGUAGCACCUGUAAGAAAGAGACGAACGGUAUCGGAACAAAUUAAUCGACAUGAUCGUGUAAUGCAGUUGAACACUAGUCCACUUUUAGCAACAGCAGCUGCUCCAGCAUUACAUAAAGAUAAUUGGCAACAAAGACGUUAUAAUUUUCUAAGUAAAUAUAGUAUGUUCGGUGGAGAAUUAAAAGAUGAUGUUGUCGAUCAAAUUGGUGUGAAUGAACAAGGUAGUGAUGUUGAGCAAAGUAGACCUAUCAUUCCAACAUCACAAAAUAUUACAUCUGGUAGUAUCGAUUCCGAAGCAUUAAAUGUUAAACGUGGAUCAAUUUUGGGUAUGGCUGUUACCGGUGUUCGGAAUUUACUUGCUGUAGAUGAGAUGCCACGCACGAAAUCCAUACGUGCAUCGACAUCAUUGGAAGAGGAACAAGAUGAAGAUGAACAAGCAGAUGAACCUAGUAUUGGUUUGAAAAAUAUAAUAUUAACAAAUAAAAGUAAUCUACAAGAUCUAACAACAACAGAACCUAUUGGACUUAAGGAACAUGAUCAUGUAGAUACAGAUCUUUGUAGUCAAAAUACACCAACAGAUAAUGAUCGUGUUCCAACUCCGAUUAUUUCUACUUCACAAACUAAUACUUCUAUGAAUCAACGACCAUCACAUACUGCUGUUAAAAAUCGUCGAUUCAAUGCAUUUUUUUCUCGUUCUAAACGUCAAUCAAUAAAACAAAAAAAUCAAAAAUUAGCUGAAAUUCAUGAAUCUUAUCGUUCACAUCGUCCAUAUUUUACAUAUUGGGUAACAUUUGUUCAAGUUCUUGUUUGUGGAAUUUCAUUGAUUGUUUAUGGUCAUGCUCCAUUAUCAUCAACUCAAUCUAAAAAUUCUUCUAUAUUUAAACAACAGAAAUUUGAUUUAACAAUGAAUCCAUGGUUUGGUCCAUAUCCAGCUGAUUUAAUUCGAUUAGGAGCAAAAUAUACACCAUGUAUUCGUACACAUGAUGACGUUAGAAGUCGAUAUGAAAAACAAGCAAGAUUAGAAGCUAUGUCUGGUUGUUGUAUUGAUUCAAUAACUGGACGUUGUAUGCAAACUUUAUCUCAGCAAUGUCUUCCACGAUCAGGUUUAACAUGGCAUCAAAGACCACUCAUAAGUAAAAAUCUUAAAGAUCAAAACAAUGUUAUUUAUCCUGCUGUGUGUGGACUUACACCAGAAACAUGUAUAAAAAAAUUAAUUGGUAAUACACGCCGAGAAGAUGAUAGAUCCUGGUCAUUAACAUCUGUUAAUUCAAAAAUUUUAAAAUGGUCUCCAAAUGCUGUUAAAUGGCCGAUUUGUCUCGAACAAGAUAAUAGUCGAAUUGCUAAUAAUAUAUCUCUUUAUCCACAUAUGCAAUGUACAAACAUAGCAAGACCAUGUUGUACCGGUGUACUUGGAGAUUGUAUAUUGACAUCAAGAGAUGAUUGUCGUCGUCGACGAGGAAUUUAUCAUCCACGUGCUCAUUUAUGUUCUCAAGUCGACUGUAUUCAAAAUGUUUGUGGUAUGCUGGAAUUUUUUGUUGCUCGUUUACCUGAUCAAGUCUAUCGAUUUUGGACAACUAUCUUUAUUCAUGCGGGUAUAAUUCAUUUAUUAAUAACAGUUAUAUUUCAAUAUACAAUAAUGCGUCCAUUAGAAAAAUUAGCUGGUUGUAUACGUGUAAUGAUAAUUUAUAUUGUAUCUGGUUUUGUUGGAAGUCUAGGUAGUGCAUUAUUUUUACAUGAUUCAGUUCAAGUUGGUCCUGGUGGUGGACAAUUUGCAAUACUUGCUUGUUAUCUUAGUGAGUUAUUUCUUGGUUGGCGUUCAUUAAAAAGACCAUGGAUACCAUUCUUUAAAAUAAUUAUAUGUCUUUUCUUAUUAUUUACGGUUGGUUUAUUACCAUUAGUUGAUAAUUAUUCUCAAUGUUUUGGUUUUCUUAUUGGUUUUAUGCUAAAUAUGAUCGUUUUUCCAGAUGUUAGCUUUAAAAAAAAUGUACGUCGUCUUGUUGUUAUUACAGCAGCAUUAGCAACAACAAUUGCAUUAUUUAUUGUAUUAAUUACAUUAUUUUAUACAAUACCAUUUGAAUGUACAUCAUGUAAAUUAUUUAAUUGUCCAUUGGGAAACACUUGUAGAAAUGAAAAAUAUGAUUUAGUCUAA